UUUAAAUGAGCUAGCGAGCAAAAAAAAAAACAAGAAAUGGCUGGAUUGUUCUAUCUAGGAGGGAGAGAAGACAGCAAACAAGAUCUUCAUCAUCAAAACAAGGAUAAUAGUGAAGACAAGAGCAAUAACUAUCUUUAUCUAUACAAAGACGAGAUCUACAACAACAACAAGGGUUUUGAGAUUUGGCCACCUCAAUAUUUUCAACACCAACAACAACAAAGUCCUGUGGCUCCUACAACAAAUUUCUACUCUUUUGGUAUGGUCCCAAGUGGUGGCAGCAAUAACAAUAACCGGGGUACUAAUCGGAGUUUGUACUUCAACGUUGUCUCCGAUCAUGAACCGGUGAGAUCCGCUACGGGAGGGUUUACUGUAACAAGGCAAGGAAGCAUGAAUUGCCAAGACUGUGGGAAUCAAGCCAAGAAAGAUUGUCCUCAUAUGAGAUGCCGUACUUGUUGUAAGAGCCGAGGGUUUGAUUGCCAAACCCACGUGAAGAGCACAUGGGUCCCGGCUGCUAAACGCCGUGAGAGACAAGCUCAACUUACUGGUUUGCCAUCUAAGCGGAGCAGAGAAGCUAGCUCAGGCGGUGGUGAUGAUGAUGAUGAUGACAGAGACAAUGGAAAUAGAGGUCAAGGCGGUGGUAGUGGCUCGGCUUUUGCUUGCACUCGUGUGGUUAAUGCUAGCUCUUCAGGGUUAGAGAGUAGUCACUUACCGCCGGAGAUGAGUUUACCGGCGGUUUUCCAGUGUAUGAGAGUCAGCUCAAUCGACGAUGAAGACGAAGAGUAUGCAUAUCAAACGGCUGUGAGCAUCGGAGGACACGUGUUCAAAGGCAUUCUCUACGACCAAGGUCCAUCAGAUCACCGCUACAGCUCAAGCCCCACAGCCACAGCCACCGAGACUUCUCAACACCACCUUAACCUCUUGGCCUCAACCGCUUCAGCCGCCACUACAACCGCCGUGACCGCGAGUAAUAUUAAUAACGCAACGAUUGACCCUUCCUCGCUUUACACUGCGGCGACGACUCCGUUCAACGCUUUUGUCGCCGCCGGUACGCCUUUCUUUGCACCUCCUAGGUCUUGAGAUUGAAGCAUUUUAAAUGUGAAAUC